AUGCGCCCAUGCUCGGCCGAUGUGUCGGAACUAAGUGGCUUGCCAGCAGACCCAAAAGAUCUAUUGGUGCCGUUCAAUGAUUUAUUGCCACCGCUAUUCGAAGAGGCGAGCACUACCACAACAGCAGCUGCUGUAGCAGCAGCAGCAACAACUACAACAACGUCGACAUCAACAACAACGACAACGACUACAGCUAAGCCAGAAACGACGACAGCUUCGCUUUUCACCAAGCCCACAAAAAAGUCCUACUAUCAUCAACAAAUGCAGCACAUCAAGGAGCUGCAUCUAAUCGAUGAUGACGUAAAAGUGACGCACGACCAGACGAAGCCCAACGUGAAUAAACAAGAGAUACAGUUGUUAUCGUUGGAACUAUUGCCUCCAUUAGAAGAGGUGGCCAGCAAUGAUGUGCCAAAGACUGAGGCUGCAGACACAUCCGCUCAACAUGUUGCCAGCACAGUGAGCAUAACACAAGAUGCUGCUAAGCCGGCGCUAGCUACCACGCAGCAUGUAUCCAGCUUCGUCAACUUACAACAAGCCGGCAAGCCAGCUGUAACAACCACGCAGCAUGUAUCCAGCUUCGUCAGCUCACAACAAGCCGGCAAGCCAGCAGUAGCAGCCACGCAACAUGUAUCCAGCUUCGUCAGCAACCAACGCGUUGCUAAGCCACUGAAACAAUACGCCACGUAUUUCCAGCACAGCACGCCGAGGCCGAGACGCGGUCCACUGCCAACACUGACGCCUUUUCCCCGCCACCUCAAGUAG